AUGCUGCUGGCGCUCGCGUUGAUUCCGAUAGUUCGAUGUUCACCUCCUGAGAUGCGCUUGAUGAACGAUCUACUGGCUGGCUACGUGCGUGAGGAACGGCCAGUAUUAGAUAGCACAAAACCUGUGGUCGUCACCCUUGGCAUAGCUAUGCAACAGAUAAUCAAUCUGAACGAAAAGGAAGAACAGCUGGAGGUAAGCGCAUGGCUUAGGUUUACGUGGAGGGAUGAAAACCUACGGUGGCAACCAAGUGCUUACGAAAACGUGACGGACCUCCGACAUCCGGCUGGAACUCUUUGGCAACCAGACAUUCUUCUCUACAACAGCGUGGAUCCAGCAUUCGAUUCCACGUACAAAGUAAAUCUGCUCAAUUACCACGAUGGCUCAGUGAAUUGGGUGCCACCAGGGAUAUUCAAAAUCUCAUGCAAGCUUGACAUUUACUGGUUCCCAUUUGACGAACAAAUUUGCUUCUUCAAAUUCGGUUCAUGGUCUUUCAGUAGAGAUAAAAUCGAGCUGGCUGUUGGUGACUUCGACUUUUCCGAAUAUAUUCCCAAUGGGGAAUGGAUUAUUCUCAACUCCACCGCGAAUGUUUCCGUGAAAUACUACGAAUGUUGCCCAGAAGCUUAUGAAGACAUCAAGUUCACAUUACAUCUUCGGCGACGAACUCUGUAA